AUGUACUCGGUCGCUGCUACUCUUGCACCUACUGCUCUUCUUCCUCACCAACCUCGUAUCAUAUAUGGCGAUUCCAUUGAUGGGUUACCACGCAUCUGGUGUGCUGGUACCACACCCCACACUGUUUUUUAUAACGCUCCUCUUCCCACUUCUCCUCUCCACAAUGCCUUCUGGCAUGCCCUGAAAAGCUUUGCUUUUGCAGACUCUAUCAUAAAAGUUACUCUUCCCAGUCGUUCUGCUCCUACUGCUCUCAAGGUCCAAUUCCUCGACGCUGCUUCCUGUGCUAUUGCAUGCGCGCAUCCUAUUUCUGUUUCUGAUCAACACUUCCCAGCCUGUAUUGCCGUUGCUCCUGGUCACAAGGUAUAUUGGGUAACAUUGUCUCAACUCCCUGGUGUUUGUUAUCCUGAUUUAGUAACUGGACUUCAACAGUGCCUUGCCCCUUUUGGAAUUGUACGCGAAAUUGUGAUCUGCGAGAGUUAUACCUUUUUCGAUGGCACUGGCAGUGUCCUCCUUGAACGACCCAACCCACCAGCUCAGCAAGUCGCUAAGCUUGCCUACGAGAUUUCUUACAACGACAACACUACCAUCCUUAGAGAAUGGGCACAUAUGGGCUCCCAUUGCAAAUACUGCAAACAAAUGGGCCACGACAUCGAUGCCUGCCCUGCACGCUCUUCAGAAACACGCACCUGUCACAGCUGCAACAAGCCUGGCCAUUUGCAAGCUAACUGUCCCCACGUCUCCGAACCUGCUCGUAGGUCAGCAACCACUAACAAACGCUCUCGCCACCUCAACCGUGUUCCUCACCAGGAUCGCAUUGUGCUGCCCCGCCCCCUGACAACUAAUCUCCCCACUGGUACAUCUGCGGAUUCCAUCCACAAUCCGGCUAACAAAGCUUCAUCUUCUCUUCUGCCGAUUGAACCACAACGCAAAGCCAAGGUAGUCAACCAUGCUGAAGAGGAAACACCAUCCGACAACACCGCCUAUAUUGUAGAUCCUGAAAACGACACAAUGCUCGACGCCCUUCCAGAACAGGUAAAUUCUGACAAAGCCCAAUUGCAACAGGAGCCUGAGAAGGCCGCCGAUGAAGGCCUCCCCAAGGUGGGACGACCCGAAACACGCUCAUUAUUUAUACGCCACUUACGUUCGAAGGGAAUUGAUCUCCUCGCCCUUCAAGAAACCCAUGCCCACUCUAUUGCUCUUCAAGACACAUUUACUAUGCAAUUCCAAUCUUCUUCUUCUCUUUGGUCUCCUCAUUGUGGACUUGUAUGCCUUUCAAAAGAUAUUAUGCUUACUGAUCCAUUGUUUAGUAUAUGCGGCCGCUGCAUCACUGCUACGGUAUCUCACGCACAGUCUAUGUUCAACUCUUUCCGUAUCUGUGUCAUUUAUGCUCCCGCUACUUAUCGCAAACGACAUUCGUUCCUCACCUCUCUUCUUCACAAUCCUCUCUUGAUACCCGCGUCACCCACUAAUAUGAUUCUAUUGGGCGACCUCAAUCACUCACUCACUACUACCACCGCCCAUAGCACUCCACCUCGCCCAUGGCUUCAAUUUCUCACCGACCGCCUUGUGGACUGUGUGACUCCCACCGGCAAGGUACCUCAACCUACCUUUCACCGUGGGACAUCAUCCUCCACAAUUGACUACAUAUUCGCCUCCUCCGACCUUGCUUCUUGUGCCACCUCACACUCGGUGGAAUAUAUACACUCACAAUGGUCUGACCAUUGUCUGGUCACAGUCGUACUCUCCCUUCCUUCUUCUCGGACCAGUGGUAAAGGCCUUUGGCGGGCGAACCCUCGCCUUGCUCAGCUCACUUCCUUCCAGGACGAACUUUCUGUCUUUCUUCACACCUUCGUUCCCACUCUCCCCGCCUCCAAUUCCCCACAGACAAACUGGGAUUUAGUCAAGUCUGAAGUGACUAGAUUCAUUAAACGUUUCUCUCGUCGAAUCUCACCUUCCCUGUCCACUCUAGAAGCACAACUUCAAAGAUUGAGGACAGCUGCAAUCUUCACUCAUCUCGCUGUCUCUCCUUUCGGGCUUUGGCAUGUUUUGCGUGUGGUCUCUCUACCUAUGUCCUUCUUUCAGAAGAUCAGGUCCAUCAUGGGUAGCUUCCUUCAACGUGGCACCUUCCCCCCGAUUUCUUUGGAUACUUUCUGCCUCCCACGCAUGCAAGGUGGACUUGGUAUCAUCGAUCCUAAGACGCAGCAGAGUGCUCUACAACUUCGUUGGCUUCAACCUAUCGUCCACGCUCCUCGGUCCCCACCUGGUUUGGUCCCGCACUGGAUGUCCGGAUUGUUACAGGCUUCACUUCCAUCUCUUUCUCCCCUAUUUCCCCUUCUAUUUCCAACUAUGCGUCCUUCUGGAUGGCAGGAUCUUACCUUUCCUCUACAUUUAGCCUUCGUUGCCAUUGACCAUCUGCUGCACAACUUUGAUAAUGUUAUGGUAAAUUCGACUACUUGCCUUGCUUUGCCUCUCUCAGUGGUCACCAUUGUCCCUGCUUCCCAAGCACGCUUCCCCCCAUCUUGGCAAGAUCUUUUGGUUUCCCACCUCUACACCUUUGACCCUGCCCUGGCAUCGCUACGGUCUAUCUCCAUCACCAGCAGCCAUCCACGCUCUCGUGUUAUUAAUAAGUUCCUUGGCCAAGUUCAACUCAACACUCUCACAUUACAUUCAAUAAUCGUUUGUGCUUGUUGCUCUCCUCAUGAACUGACCGAACAAUAUCCGUCUCUGCUCGUUCAAGAUGGCACAUCAAUUGACUUGUUCCCUUUCUUUAAUGCGCUCGUACCUUCUCAGACUUGGGCAUGCCUUUCCACACGCACUUUCCGCGGGCUGUGCUCCCACCAUCUCGUCCAUGCCCGCUAUUUCGAUCCCCCUUGUGGCUCUUGUCAUUGGCGGAAAUUUUGGUCUUUCCCCCUUCCCCUGGUGGCUCGUAACAUUUGGUUUCGUGGUCUACACGACAAGAUUUCUUGCCGAGCCUGUCUUCACUUUUUGCUUCCUCUCGCCUUUCCCUCUCCUACCUGCUCUAUUUGCUCUCUCUCCUCCGACUCCCAAGACCACUUCUUCUUCACUUGUCCUCUCAAAAACGCGGUGUGGAUCGACAUGUGGCUGGAAUUCUUUGGCACAAUAUCUAUCCCAACCGCACUACACAACGCUUUUCACUUCUUCUCUUUUCCCUCUUCCUUAAACUCUUCUAUUCCCCCUUCUACCGUCUUUGGAUGCACCCUCCUUGCGAUAUGGCGUCACCACUGGACUUUUAUUUUUGACGAUUCACCAUUUGUUCCGUCUGCUGUUGUUGGUACGGCUUGCAAGACCCUAACCCGCAUUUGCCCAGAAUUAGACCUCGAUCCUCUCUUUUAA